CAGGCCACGCAGCUGCGCGCGCCUCCGAACCUAAAACUCACCCAAAACUCCAUAACAAUAGAGUGAGCAGAGAGUGAAGUCUGGGCGCGCGCUCUGAAAGCAAGCUCAAAACUCAGCGUCAGGCUAGAGUCACAUCAAACUUUAGUAGAGCAGAGGAGAGAAAAGAGAGAGAGAGAGAGAGAGAGAUCCCUGGAAAACUCGGAUUUUUUUUUUGCCAUAUGUGUGUUAAUUGAACGAGCAGUGAAACUGUCAAACUACGUGGAUGGAUUAGACGUGUCGUGUCCUAAAGAGUUUUUAAUGACCAAACGUAUAUGAUUGUGUUUAUUUCCAGACUCUCGGAAGUCCGCUAACUGGAGAAGUGAAUAUGACAGCAUCAUUUGUUUCGGUGACUGAAGAAAAACCGCAACAGUUAUUCCAGGUCUCGGGAUGGUAACUAACCCGGAGACGGGAGUGGACUAUACUCCAUAAUAUCUGCUCUGAGUUUGAAUACACACAGGAGCAGGCUCGGACCCGUGUAAAAAGCGAUCAAGUGAAUGGUCUGUGCGGCAUGGCGCGCUGGGUAAGCUGUCUCUUUCUGGGUUAUCUCACAUGGCACUUGUACGUCCUCAGUGCACGGGGAGAGUACUGUCACGGCUGGCUGGACAACAGCGGAAAUUACCAUGACGGCUUCCAGUGUCCGGAGCACUUGGACACGGCGGACGCGGCGGUUUGUUGCGGGAGCUGCGCGCUGCGGUACUGCUGUGCCGCCACGGACGCGCGCCUGGACCAGGGCAGCUGCACCAACCACCGGGACAACGAACACACCGAAUACACACCACAACCUAUCUACAUGCCCUUCCUGAUGGUCGGCUCCAUUUUUGUGGCGUUUGUGGUCAUUGGUUCGUUGGUUGCCGUGUACUGUUGCACAUGUUUACGGCCCAAACAGCCGACACAGCAACCGAUCCGCUUCUCCCUGCGUAGCUUCCAAGGUGAGACCAUCCCCAUGAUCCUGACUGCAGGGGCGGCGCCCACCAGCCUGCGUACCCCGUCGCGUCAGUCCAGCACGGCUACCACCAGUUCCAGCAGUGCUGGCGGGGGCAGCUCGCUUCGUCGCUUCUCUCUGGGCAGAUCAGAUGCUCUGGGACUCCAGCAGCCCCCACAGCAGCUCCUACUUGCCUCAGCCUCGUCCAUUUCCACACCAGUGUCCCUGGCACCGGCGCAGCCCUUACUGCCUCCUCCACCUCCUCCUCCGUACUCAUCUCCACAGUGCCUGCAGAACAGCGGCUCGUACGUGCACACACACCAACACGGCCACCAUCAGAGCCUCCACACGGCCCAGAGCUCCAACCUCCUCCUGUCCCAGCAGUAUUUCUUCCCCUUGCAGCCAGAGCCGUUUGGUGGGAGUAAAGGCUUUGCAGACUUCAGUCAGAGCUGAUCUGGAGCUCAGGGUUGAGGAGCAGGACACUGGAGCUUCCGUUAACUUGUGCGACACACACUCUAUCUCUCUCUCUCUACCCUGAACCGGAAUACAAUAUGCAGUGAUGCUUCUUUGGAGAAAAAAAAUGUUGGCAGGCUUUGUGUUGACACGUUUUGUGUUGCAGAGGGUUUGGUUAAAGCUGAAGAGCUGCUGAAACUGGCAGGAACGAGACGGGCACAUAACUACAGAGGAAAGCACAAUCAUUUUGGCUGGAACUCAUGCUGGAGAAGUCACACAGGCCCCUGUUUGCACCUCUUAAUAAAUUAUAUUGAAUUUAUGCACUUUCAUUGUGUUUUAUACAAACAUUUCUCUCUCUGGACGUGUGAUAAGACAAGGAAAUGACUGUAAGAACAUAGAAGAAUUAUUCUGGACUACUUGCUUAUCAUUCACUGAAUUAAAACAAAGCAAACCAGGGAUUUUUGACAAUCAAAGAAAUGAUUUAGCCGAGUGUCCGGGUGUGUAUGUGUGUGUUUAUUUCAUAAAACAAGAUAAAAAUAUGUAGUUGUCUAAACGAGGGAAGCCGAUUGUUCACUUUUUUUUUUUUUUCGUGUUGAAAUGUACAUUUUACAGCACAUUAUGUUUGGCUCAGUGAACAAACAGCUUCCAACAUCGAGCCAUAUUUCUUAACAUUCCUUACUCCUCUCCCUCAACUACAACAGAGUUAAGGCACAGUUACCUCUGGGACCGUUUUUCUUUUCAACUGUUUGUUUUUCCAUGAUCUGGUUUAGGUUUUGUAUUUCAUUUAGCAUAAUUCAUAGAAAGCUGAAUAAUUGCCCAUAAUCGCCCUGGUUUCAGGUUACUUUAACAGCUACACGCUCGCUGCUAGAUUUGUGGUGAGAGCAGUGCUCUGAGCACUCACGUUACUGAAACAUCGGACCAACUGGAGCAGAGCGACGAGCUGGAGAACAGUCCAGGACGAGAACCGUGUCAAUGCUCCGUUCUGCUGUUUAUUUGAUUCUUUUUUCUUUUU